ACUUAACCUAAAUAUGCUGCACCUAACCUAAAAUUAAAAUCGUUCAACUUUUAUUUUUAUUAUGUUCUAAAGUUUAUUUAAUGAAUUAUUGUUCGACAGUUUUAGUAAGACAUUUAUUGUGACUUAUCUUUAUUUUAAAUAUUAAUAUCGAAGGGAUCAAUUUGAAAUGGAUAUUGAUGAUCUUUUCGACUGUUUUAACCAAGUGACAAAACUUGAGGUUGCAAAAAAAUCGAAAGGUGUUAAACGAUCGAAAACCAAUAAUUCAGAUGACCAUAAUACCUCUAAAAAAACAAAAUUAGAUAAUGACGAGGAAGAACUGGAACAAUUCAAGCAGAGCAUUACUGAGGAUUUGAAAAAUAGGAUACUGGUAUACUCAAUUGAUACUAUUGAGUCUUGCUCACAUGAAGCAGCUUAUCCUUCCAAUCAGGCAAUCAGUCCCCUUGUGCCAGCUCAAGGGGAACCAGCUAAGAAGUAUAAAUUUGUUUUAGAUCCAUUUCAGAAAGAAUCUAUUUUAUGUAUUGAAAACAAUCAAUCAGUUCUAGUUUCCGCUCAUACUUCUGCAGGAAAAACAGUUAUUGCUGAGUAUGCUAUUGCAUUAUGCUUGAAAAAUAAACAGAGAGUUAUAUAUACAAGCCCAAUUAAAGCAUUAUCUAACCAGAAGUACAGAGAAUUUAACGAUGAAUUUGGUGAUGUAGGACUAAUGACUGGAGACGUUACAAUCAAUCCAACAGCAUCAUGUUUGAUCAUGACCACAGAGAUUCUAAGAAAUAUGUUAUAUAAAGGCUCUGAUGUGAUAAGAGAAGUUGCUUGGAUAAUUUUCGAUGAAAUACAUUACAUGAGAGAUAAAAAUAGAGGAGUAGUCUGGGAAGAGACAUUGAUUAUGUUACCAGAUAAUGCACAUUUUGUUUUUCUUUCUGCCACAAUUCCCAAUGCUAAACAAUUCAUUCAGUGGAUAGCACAUAUUCAUAAACAGCCUUGUCAUGCAGUAUAUACAGAUUAUAGACCAACACCACUACAACACUACUUAUUUCCAGCAGGUGGUUGUGGAAUUCACAUGAUUGUCGAUGAGAACGGCACUUUCCAAGAAGAUAAUUUCAAUGGAGCUAUGGCUGAGUUGCAAAAUGCUGGUGAUGCAGCAAAAGGUGAUCAAAAAGGAAGAAGAGGUGGGGUUAGAGAUAAGGAUCCCACGCAAACAGACAUUUAUAAGAUGAUAAAAAUGACUGUUGAAAGAAAUUUUGCGCCUGUUAUUGUUUUUAGUUUUUCAAAAAAAGACUGUGAGCUUUAUGCUAAACAAAUGACUAAAAUGGAUUUCAACACCACAACUGAAAAACUAGCUGUUGAUGAGGUUUUCAAUAAUGCUAUUCAAGUUCUGUCAGAAGAAGACCAAGAUCUGCCAUAUAUCAAGCAUAUGAUACCUCUUCUCAGAAGAGGUAUAGGUGUUCAUCAUGGAGGGUUGCUUCCAGUUAUCAAAGAAACUGUUGAGAUAUUAUUUGGAGAGGGUCUUAUCAAAGUGUUAUUCGCAACUGAGACUUUUUCCAUGGGUUUAAACAUGCCUGCAAGAACAGUCAUCUUUACUGAUAUGAGAAAGUACGAUGGACAGCGACAUAGAUGGGUAACUUCUGGUGAAUACAUCCAGAUGGCAGGUAGAGCAGGUAGAAGAGGUUUGGAUGAUAAAGGUAUUGUCAUAUCUAUGAUAAACGAGAAAGUGCCUUCAGCAGCCUGUCGUGAUAUAAUCAAGGGUUCACCAGAUCCACUGAAUUCGGCAUUUCAUUUAUCCUAUAAUAUGGUGCUUAAUCUUCUAAGAGUUGAAGUAAUUAAUCCAGAUUAUAUGUUGGAGAAAUCAUUCUUUCAGUUUCAACACCAAACUGAUGUUCCACGAUUAUUUGAAGAAUAUGAAGCUAAGUUGAAACAUUAUAAUGAAGUGGAAAUUGAAAAUGAAGAAGAAAUUUCUUCAUACCACGAAUUGAAACAACAGGUGGAAGCAUUGUACGUUCAAACCAGAAAAUUCAUACAAGAACCAAAAGUACUAGGACGUUUCCUGAAAGAAGGAAGGGUCAUGAAGGUAUCAACUCCUGAUGGUGAAUAUGAUUGGGGUGUAGUUGUUGGUUGUAGAUGGGUUAAAAGCCUCAAAAAGAAGGAUAAAAAGGUUGAAAUUGAUAUGCUUCUCAAUGUAAUUCGAGAGAAUGAAAAUGACGUGGCAAAACCAGCUCUUUUGGAACAUAAGGAAGGUCAAAUGGAAGUUAUUCCCAUAGACUCAACCUGUGUCACCCAUAUUUCAUCAGGUAGAUGUAAUUUCUCAGGCGACUGGAAGAGUAAAGAAAUUAAAAAAAUGAUCAAACCGUGGCUGCUGAAACUAAAAGAAAACCAUCCCGAUGGUAUUCCUUUACUUGAUCCUGUUAAGGCUAUGAAGAUCAAUGAUCCUCAACUGAAAGAAAUUAUGGAUCAGAUUGCAAAUAUAGAAGCAGAGAUUAAAGCACAUCCAUUUCAAAAAAAUCCAUCGGUGAAAGAAAUAUAUGAAAAAUAUAAGGAUAAAAUGAAUUGCCAAUCAGAUUUGGAAAGACUCAAAAGUAAAUUGCUGGAGGCUAAAAAAAUUUUACAAAUGGACGAACUCAAAUGUAGAAAAAGGGUACUAAGGAGGCUUGCGUAUUGUACAAGUGCCGAUGUAAUCGAGUUGAAGGGCCGAGUCGCUUGUGAAUUGAGCAGUGCAGAUGAGUUACUUCUAACAGAAUUACUUUUUAACGGCUUAUUCAACAACCUCAGCCCAGCGGAGGCAACUGCUCUAUUGAGCUGUUUUGUGUGCACAGAAAAAUCCGAUAAACCGCCCAAGAUUAAUGAUGCUUUAAAAGGUCCUUUCAGACAGAUGCAGGACAUAGCAAGAAGAGUAGCCAAAAUUAAUAUUGAAUGUCGGUUAUCUAUUGAUGAGGAAACAUAUGUGCAAUCAUUUCGCCCAUUUCUUAUGGAUAUUGUAUACCGGUGGUGUAAUGGAGCUACCUUCAGAGAUGUCAUUGACCCAGAUUUUUAUGAAGGUUCUAUUAUCCGUUGUAUGAGACGUUUAGAAGAACUAUUGAGACAGAUGGUGCAGGCCGCAAAAGUAGUGGGGAAUCAAGAUUUGGAAGAUAAAUUUAAUGAAGGCAUCAGAAUGAUAAAAAGAGAUAUUAUUUUCUCGGCCAGUUUGUAUUUGUAAAUACAAAAUAACAAUUUUUCAGAGAAAACAUUACUCUUUGUAUUUGUAUAAAAGUUUGUAUUAUCAUUUGUAAAUAAACAAUUUUUUUUUAUUUAAUUAUUGUAAAUAUGUUUUGAAAAUUAAUUUCAUUCUAGACAUUGAAUCAUUUUUAUAAAUUCAUUGUAUAUAGCUUGAAGAUUUUCUAAAGAUUAUAAAAGUAAGAGAA